CACCGUUUCGAUUCAAAAUGGCGUUCUGGAUAUUCGGCGAUUCUUUUUCCGUGACUUGGACCCUCGCAAUUGGUGCCAUCCUCAUCUUUUUGGCCUAUGACUGGUGGUGCCAUCAGUUUUUCCAAAGGGCGGGAAUUCCUGUGGUCCCAUACUACCCUAUCGUGGGCAAUGCCAUCGACUGGUUGAGGAAAGGCAACAACCUCUAUGCCGAGGAAUGCGUCAUGAAAUAUGGAAAAGUAGUUGGAAUAUACAAAUUCCAAUACCCGAUUCUCUUUGUGUCGGAUAUUGACAUCGCGAAAAGGGUUCUGGUGACCGAUUUCAACAAGUUUCCGAACCACUGGGACAUUCCUGCUGCCGGUUUCCCACUGAAUGGUACUUUGCUUUACAUGAAAGGCCGACGAUGGAAAGACGUCCGUGCCAUCAUCACACCAGCAUUCACCGCAAGCAAGCUCAGACAGAUGGUGGAAAUAUUCAGCGAUUGUUGCGGCCCUCUCCUGGACAACAUGGGAAAGUCUCACGCCGAAAACAAACCGCUCAACACAAAGAAGAAUUAUCUGGGCUUCUUCAUCCAAACCAUCAUGGCUAUUAUCUACGGUCUGGAUGUCCAGUGUCAGGCCAAUCUUGACCAUCCGUUUGUGACCAAGGUGGAGAAAGCAUUCCAGCCAUCCAUGAUCACGUUGAUCCCAAUCAUCUUUCCAAUACUGGGACCGCUUUUCGAAAUGAUGGGGUCCAACAUUAUCCCUAAAGACGCGGUGAACUUCUUCAAGAAAAUCAUAGAGGAUUCUUUUCAAGGAGGAGUCCAGAUACGACAGCGGCGCGAGGGUGCCGCAGGGUAUGUUACCAUGAAUGAAAUGUACCAGAAGAACACAGAGUUUCCAGGAGAUGUUCCGACUGAAGAAGAGCUGGCCAAGGAGGCUGCCGGUAAACCGAAGAAACUUACCUACAACGAGUUCCUCUGCGCGAAUGUAAUCUUACUGUCUGGAGGCAACGAGGCAACGUCGACAUUCCUGGUAUGCGCAACCUAUCAGCUCGCACUGAGUCCCGAAGUACAGGACAAGAUGAUUGAAGAGAUCGACAGGCUUGCACCGACACCCGAAGACAUUACCUACGAGACCAUGAGCAAAAUGACGUACCUAGAAAUGGUGAUACAGGAGUGCUUCCGCAUGUACCCACCAACCUUACUAGCUGACCGUGUCUGCGCAGAGACUGUUACCUAUGGCAAGUACACCCUGAAGAAAGGACUUCUGGUCAACAUCCCGUUUUAUCCCAUUCAACAUGAUGGAGACAUCUGGGCAGACCCAGAGAAGUUUGAUCCGGAAAGAUUCAGCCCCCAGAAUAAGGACUCUGUCAACCCACUGGGGUGGAUUGUCUUCGGCGCCGGUCCACGUAUCUGCAUCGCCGUCAAAUUCGUCAUGCUCCUCGCAAAGGUCUUCAUGACCCGCGUCUUCCAGAAAUACCGCUUCGAGGCAUGCCCUGAAACGCCGAUCCCUCUGACGUUCGGGAAGAUGACAAUGCUGGAGCCACAAAAUGUCUUUGUGCGUGUGAUGCCAAGAAAGGAUCGUUAAGACUCUCCGAAUUCACGGGAAAAGGCUAAGACGGAUGAGACGAAAGAUCCAAAGAUUAGGUUAGGUCCAACCCAUAGUGCAGUGAAAUGAGAACAAUCAAUGGAUACUGACACAAGAAUGUUUAAAGUUAAUUAGUAAUGGAUUAUGAAUUUUUCAUUGAUUUUUUAGAUCGAGCAAAAGGAGUGACCUACUACAUUAUUAUCUGUCUCGUAGAAACUUCUGAAAUUAAAUAUCUUGAACAUUGUUGUCUUCUAGAAAAAAAUUGUUUGUCAAUAGCAUGUGAGAUGUCAUCAGAAUCUGUGGACAAAACAAAACGGUAACGUUCGGGUAAACAUUCAGGUUUUAUUUAUUUUUCUUUUGGCAAAUUCGAGAAACUUGACCAUUAUGCAGCAUCUAAGUGACCAUCUCCAUUAUGCACGCAUGGGCGUCGGGAGGUCCCCACCCCUCCCCACCCCAGAACAAAUGAUAAAUUGAGAAUAUCAUCUAGCGAAAGUAAAAGGAUUUUGGGGCGAAAUGUGCUUUGCCCCCCCCCCCCCCCUUAAAACAAAUCCUGGCGACUCCCAUGCAUGCAUGGGUGGGGUGCCCUAAUAUGAACUUGUUGGCUGUCCAUUGGAAAUGUCUGUAUCCAAACUUGAUCCAGCUUGAUUUGGUAGUGACUUCUAACUUACAAUUAAUCCUCCUUGAUACUUUGAUUGACUGCCGACUUGGGUGAAUAAAUAUAGCCCUAUAGUAGCAACUAGAUAAUAGACACCAGUAGUAUAGCUUCGGGCGUUCCUCUGAGCUUCCUGUGGGGCCUCUUGAUGACAGAAGAUUGUGGGUUUGUUUUUUAUUCCAUAAUGCACCAAUUUCAUGUUAGUUUUUUUAUAUUACUAAUUGAUUAUUCAUCAUAUACUAAUAACCCCUCCCCUCCUUUUGGACUGGCCUUUCGGCUAUCAUCUAUCCAGAUAAGUUUUAUGCUCAGCAAAAGAAGAAACUGCUGAUCACGAUGCCCCAUAUUAAUGGGAGGACAGAUGUAAACAUUUGCGCCACUCUCCUCUAUGAGGCAUUUUACGUAGGACUGUAGGUGCAAAGAUAUAGAGCAGACAGGACACUGGGUAUCUAUUUGUACGGUGUCCUGUGAAACACGAUGACGUCAUCAAAUUGGGGCUACGGGGAAGGAAGGGCGCCGCUUACGGCAGGUUGGUAAACGGGCAUUAUACGCUAAGGUGAAUUAUAGGACAUUGGGUGUUGAUGAAGAAAAAAUUAUGAAGAAAAGAAACUGUGAAAAGACGAAUAUACCAAGAAAUUAAUUUAAAUAUAAAUAAAGGAAUAAACGAAUGAACGAAUAAAUGAAUUAAA